AUGUCAUUUAGGAUAAUUUAUGAAAGUGCAACUGAACGCACCUCGUCUCAUGCGUCACAAUGUCAGCCUCCCACUAAAUACACCAUUCAUCGGGAAGACUUCGCCAAGACUCUUCAACAGAAAGAAAUUAACUCUGUUUUGGAGCAUCUUGCCUCUGUUGAUGGUAUUUCAUUGUCUGCGUUCGUGAGUCGCGUUUUGUAUGUUUCCUCGCCCAUGAAAACAGACCCCACUUUAACUGAGAAAAUUCUUAGCGAAACUAUCAAAUGCGUGACCUACACCGCUCCUUGCGAUAAUGAAAGUAACUUCCUUGAGAAAGUUGAAUCGCUUCAUACUUUGUGCAAGGUUGCGGCAACUGAAAGCCUAAUAAUUCCAUUCAUAGAAUGGAUGAAGACUAAUUCGGAGAGACUGAAUGAUGCGUUGGCUAGUUGCCUAAUCGUAGAUUGUCAGGAAUUGGCGCAGGAAUGCUGCUUUACGAUUGCGUUCCUAGCCAGACGACUACACUUCAGCAUGAGGGGAGGAGUUGAGGUACUGAUAGACACAUUAAUACGCUUGAUGGCACGAGCUCUCUUACCUAGAGAAAAGAAUGUUACUGCAUAUCGAGAUGCUCAGCGCCUUCAUGAAGAACGUGAUAGAUUAAAAAAAUCUCUAACAAUUUUUCAUCCACCACCCUUGAAGUACAACUACUAUGAAGUUUAUCAUCGCCUAAUUGGGAUAAUCUACUACACUUUGGCCGAUUUGCUAUAUAGCAUUCCUCUACCAGAACUCGUCCGAUUCUUCACUUUUCGUAUAUUUCGUCGAAGGGAGAUAGCACGUCUCCUCCUCUUUCAAAUCCUUGACUCCGUUACCGGAAACAUAAGCGAAAUUCGUGAAGAGGCAGAAAACUUAGCCUCUAAAACGGAAAAAUCGGAAAUGUAUGAUGAAAAUAUUUGGCGACUUCUUCCAAGCAUACUCUAUUUGGACAUUCUGAGAGCUUACAGUGAGAUCAAUAUAGUCGACCGGGAGUACCCAAAUACUAUACUCAACAUAUUACGAGCACAGGCGACUCAAAAGUACCCACUAAUGGAUGAGAAGACUCUAGCGAAUGUGGAACAAUACUGGGAACAGUAUCAAUUUUUUGAUUUAGGCAUGGAAAGGGUGCCACGCCUGUCACUCAACUUGCCGUCAGUGACAAUGACAAAACCGUUGGAAAUUAAGAAGGGCAGCGCUAGUGGAAGCCUCCAUACAUCUAAUGAGCUGCCAGAGAUAGGCCCAAGUCUACAUCAUCCUCGGCCUACGUUACUCUUAAAAAAUUUAUAG